AUAUCCGAACAAUCCCUAUCCAAAGCACUCUUCAAUGCCGAGAUUCAUUUUUUCGACGGCGCCCAUUAAGCAGAAAACUAUAUUUAAAGGUUCCUUGUUAAAUGAUAAGGUUUUGAAAAGAUUGGAAAAAUUGAAGAUUCGUUACGAUGCUCUAUCCCAGGAGCUAAAUAUUCAAGAGCAGAAUGUCGAUCCAGAUUUCGCUCGUAAUUCUAAAGAAUUUUCGGACCUUGCAUCCAUAAUUGUUCCAUACCAAAAAAUCAAGAAGUCACAAGGUGAACUUGAGGAAAUAAACACGAUCAUCAAGGAAAGUACCGACGAAGACCUCAGGAAGCUUGCGCAAGAAGAAUACCUGGAAAUCAUCGAAAGAAUGAAACAUUUAGAGCAAUCAGUCGUGACAUCUCUUUUGCCCAAGGAUAUUGCCGACGAAGGAAAUGCCAUACUUGAGAUCCGUGCUGGUACCGGCGGUGAAGAAGCCGGCUUGUUCGCCGCCGACAUGUUGAAUAUGUAUGAGCGUUAUGCCUUCUUACGUCGAUGGAAAUUUGAAAAUUUGACUGUGCUAGAAGAUUCCUUGGGUUCCAUAAAGGAAGUCACGAUUUCCAUUUCUGGAAAAGGAGUUUUCGGCAAUAUGAGAUAUGAAUCUGGUACUCACCGUGUUCAAAGAGUUCCCGCUACGGAAAAAGCGGGUCGCGUUCACACCAGCACGGUCACCAUAGCGAUCUUACCUCAGCCUACGGAGACGGACAUUAAUCUUCGCGAAACAGACCUGAGAAUUGAUUACUAUCGGUCCAGUGGUAAAGGUGGUCAACACGUAAACACCACAUCCAGUGCCGUCCGCAUAACGCACAUCCCAACCGGAUGCGUGGUCGCAAUACAAGACGAACGAUCUCAGCCAAGGAACAAGGCGAAGGCCCUCCAGAUCCUAAGUGCAAGGUUAUUUGACCUGGAACGAACAAAACAUCAACAAGAAAGGAGUAAGGUGCGCAGGCAACAAAUAGGGACCGGCGACAGGUCGGAAAAGAUUAGAACUUACAAUUAUGCUCAGAAUCGUGUCACAGACCAUCGAACCAACUUAACAUUAUAUGAUCUGGUUAACGUGUUGAACGGAGAAUCCCUCCAAAUCAUCAUUGAUGACCUUAAAAUAUUCUAUCAAUCUGAAGCCUUGCAAAAUGAAGAAUAA